AUGACAUCAAGCAUUGGUAAUUGGCAGGAGUAUAUCCAGAAAUGUUUCGACAACCUGAACCCUAACGGAUAUCUUGAGCUCAAUGAGGUCGACCUGUACUGCAAGUCAGAUGAUGGUACACUUGCCGACGAUGCCGCCCUAAAUAGGUUCUCGAAGCUGUGGGGCGAAGCGGCUGUCAUGUUUGGGCAUGCAUUCCAGGACAACACGACUCUGAAAGACCUCAUGGCCGACGCCGGGUUUGUAGACAUUAACGUGAAGGUAUUCAAGUGGCCUUCCAACCCGUGGCCUCGGGACAGGAAACACAAAGAGCUUGGGUAUUGGAACCUCGAUAACUCUGUUGCUGGGCUCGAAGGUUUCAUGCUAGGUGCGUUAACGAGAGCCCAUAACUGGACCAAAGAAGAGGUUACAGUCUUUGCAAUGGAAGUCCGAAACGAGAUGAAGAACCCGCGCAUUCACUCGUACCAGACUUUAAAGCCUACUGCGGAGGAAGUUGCGGCCAAUUAA